AUGUUGGCCAGAUCUUUAAAUCUAAGCACAAGAAUUUUAUCUCGCCCAAUUAGCAGCGUUUUAGCUGGAAAUUUCAAUCUGACCGAAGAUCAGCUCGCAUUUCAAGAAACUGCUCUCCAAUUCGCUAAAGAGCAUAUGGAGCCUUUUGCUAAUGAAUGGGAUAAGACCGAUCACUUCCCUAUCGAUGUUAUCAAAAUGGCUGGCAAUCUUGGCUUCGGAGCCAUCUAUUGUAGCGACAAACAUGGAGGCACAGGACUAGGGAAGCUCGAAGCAAGCAUAAUUCUCGAAGCUUUAUCCACUGGCUGCAUAAGUACAGCCUCUUAUAUCAGCAUCCACAAUAUGUGUAAUGGACUUCUCGAUGUUUUUGGAACUGAAGAACAGCGCUCCAAAUGGCAGCCAGGGGUUUCUAGCUUUGACUUAUUCACAAGCUACUGCUUAACUGAGCCAAAUUCUGGCUCUGACGCUGGAGCUAUGUCCACAACUGCAAAACUUGAAGGAAAUGACUAUGUCCUUAAUGGCUCCAAAAUGUUUAUUAGUGGAGGCGGAGAAAGCCACUUAUAUUUCGUCAUGACAAGGACUGGACCUAAAGAAAUUUCUUGUUUUAUUGUAGAAAAAGACACCCCAGGACUCAGCUUUGGCAAAAAAGAAGACAAACUUGGAUGGAGGACUCAGCCCACAAGACUUGUGAAUUUUGAUAACUGUAAAAUCCCAAAGGGAAAUUUAUUAGGAGAAAUAGGACAAGGCAUGAAAAUAGCUAUGAGAGGCCUUGAAGGAGGCAGAUUAACCAUUUCUAGCUGUGCCUUAGGAGGGGCUUGGUACGCCCUAGAAAAAGCUUCUAAUUAUAUGGGAGAAAGAAAACAGUUCGGCAAACACUUAAAAGAUUUCCAAUACCUCAGGUUCAAAAUGGCAGAAGCUUUAGCAAGAUUAACGUCUGCAAGAAUGACGACCCGAGCCUGUGCACAGCUGAUGGACCAGCCUAUCCAAAAUAAACAUAUUUUUGCCUCAAUUGCAAAAUUAAUUGCAACUGAUGACUGUGCACAAAUUGUGGACGACUGCUUACAGAUGUUCGGAGGAUAUGGACUAUUAAGGGAGUACGGCAUGGAAAGAAUGUAUAGAGAGUUGAGAGUCUUGAAAAUUGUGGAAGGGACCAAUGAGAUUAUGCGGCAUACAAUCGCAAAAAAUCUGUUUGACCAUCAUCCUCAUCACCACCAUCAUUAA